UCUUAAAAGCGCGUUUCGAGGCGGCUGAGUCCUGGCAGCGCCUUCAGCAGCGCGCUGUUCACGCUUCCUCAGGUCCUGAUCGGGUAAAACUGCACCGCCUUACAAACUAUUUUUUUUACUGUCCUGUGUGACCUGAGCAUGAAGUCCGUAAUUGCCUUUUAAAUUAUUUUGUCAUGUCAAAGUCCUUCCAAUUAUUGAGCCAAAAAUCUCCAAAGCAAAACCAUUAUCUUAGUAAGUUGAUACAUGCGUACCUACAACAUUAUUAUACCCCACAUACUUAAAACAAUGCUGUUCCGCGAGGACAUUUACAAUAUACGCAUGAAAGAUUUCAGCUACUUCAGUAGCGUAACAUGUGAUAUUUGUGUUGACACUGCAGCCGUUAUGAUGUAAUUCCUGCUUCAGAUGUAGCGAAUAUGUACAGACAGCAGGUGUAAAGUGCGAGCGCUACGCACCGCACAAUUGCAACACUUUGUUUGCACCGCGGUGCAUGCUGGGAAACGUGCGUUUGCAGUUCCUGUGAAUCGCGAUCACCGGAGACACAGCGGGGCUGGUAAGGAUGGCGCGGAGCCGUUUCGAGCGCCUGUUGGCUCGGGUGUUGCGGGCGGCCGUGGGGUUCCUGCUCACGCUGUUUGAGAUGCUCGCAUCCCGGAGAUGUGCACGGUCCCCGGGACUGCCUGCGAUCAGCAACCCGCUGCUGCUGCUGUCGGGGGUGCAGCUCGCCCGGAAGAUUCGCAGGAAAGAGGUGACGAGUGUGGAGGCAGUGCAGGCCUACAUCGACCGCAUCCAGGAGGUCAACCCCCUGCUCAACGCUGUGGUCAAGGACAGGUUCUCGGCAGCACUGCAGGAGGCAGCUCAGGUGGAUCAGCUGAUUGAGGAGGAGGAGGAGGGAGGGGGAGAGGAGGCGCUGGAGGAGCGGUUGCCCCUGUUGGGAGUCCCCUUCACUGUGAAAGAGUCCUUCGCUCUGCAGGGCAUGCCCAACUCCGCGGGGCUGCUGGCGAGGAGGGCUGUGGUUUCGGCAGGGGACGCGCCCCCUGUGGCCCUGCUGAAGAGGGCGGGGGCCAUUCCGCUGGGCGUCACCAACUGCAGUGAGCUCUGCAUGUGGCUGGAGUCCCACAACCGGGUGCACGGCUCCACCAGCAACCCCUACGACAGGAGGCGCAUCGCGGGGGGCAGCUCAGGUGGGGAGGGCAGUAUUUUGGGGAGUGGGGGUUCUGUAAUCGGUGUGGGCUCAGAUGUGGGUGGUAGCAUCCGCAUGCCUGCCUUUUUCAACGGUAUCUUUGGCCACAAACCCACAACAGGUGUGGUCUCUAAUGAGGGCCAGUUUCCCCCGGCGUCCGGCCUGCAGCAGGAAUUCCUGUGUACGGGACCCAUGUGCCGCUACGCUGAGGACCUCCUGCCUGUGCUCAGCAUCAUGGCAGGACCCAACGCCCACAAGCUGCAUCUGUCCUCAGAGGUGGACCUCAGGAAGCUGCGAUUUUUCUCUGUGCCGCAUGAUGGUGGAUCUCUGCUGGUGUCUCCUGUGGAGCAGCAGCUCAUACAGGCCCAGAGGAAGGUAGCUGAACGUCUGGAGGCAGAUCUGGGGGUCAAGGUUCAAGAGCUGAGUGUCCCCCAGCUGAAAUACUCCUUCCAGAUCUGGGGAGCCCUGAUGGCAGCUCCAGGCAGGGAUGGGAAGCCCCCAAAGGCCUUUGUGGAGCUGAUGGCAGAUCAUGGCAGGAAGGUGUGGCCUGUGUGGGAGCUUGUAAAGUGGAUGCUGGGACUGUCCUCUCACACCAUGGCUGCCAUAGGCCUGGCUCUAGCAGAGAUGGUUCAGAGCUCCCAGCCGUCCCGGUUUGUCCUGGAGCAAAAAGACCAGCUCCAGAGGCAUUUGGAGGAGCUGCUGGGUGAGGAUGGGGUGUUGCUGUACCCCUCACACCCCCACAUCGCCCCCAAACACCACCACCCACUCUUCACCCCCUUCAACUUCUCCUACACAGGUAUCUUUAACAUCCUGGGGCUGCCGGUGACGCAGUGCCCUGUGGGUCUCAGUGAGGAGGGGCUGCCGCUGGGAUUGCAGCUGGUAGCAGGAAGGCUGCAGGACCGGCUGACUCUAGCCACUGCUGUGCACCUGGAGAGAGCCUUCGGGGGCUGGAGGGAGCCCAGCACCACCUGAGCACCCAGCCCCGCCCAACGCAACACAGCCCCGCCCAACGCAGGACAGCCCCGCCCAACGCAGGACAGCCCCGCCCGAACGCAACACAGCCCCACCCCAACGCAGGACAGCCCCGCCCGAACGCAACACAGCCCCACCCCAACGCAGGACAGCCCCGCCCGAACGCAACACAGCCCCACCCCAACGCAGGACAGCCCCGCCCGAACGCAACACAGCCCCACCCCAACGCAGGACAGCCCCGCCCGAACGCAACACAGCCCCACCCCAAUGCAGCACAGCCCCGCCCGAACGCAACACAGCCCCACCCCAACAGAACACAGCCCCACCCCAAUGCAGCACAGCCCUGCCCCAACACAACACAGCCUUGCCCCAAUGCAACAGGUCUGAGUCAGUGCUGGGUUGAGUCAGUGCAGGUCUGAGUCAGUGCAGGCCGGCCUCAGCAGCAGAAAGCCCUGCCCUUUGAACAGAUCCCUGUCCAGUGUGAGCUCAGUCUCUGGCACAGCCAACAGACCCAGCAGAGAAAAUUAGCCAAUGAAAACUGCGAGAACUGAGCAUGAUGCUAACAGUGUACUCACUGAUGCAGGGGCUUAGGGUUAGACUUCCUCAGUGAUGGAAUAAUAAAGAGCACAGAAACUUUUUAUGGUUUAUUCAGAUGUUUAAAGUAACUAAUAUUUGUUUAACAAUGUGUGAUAUCCAUUAACUACUAGUAUGUGUCUGUUAUAAUCACACAAUAAAAUGUAGACAUUAGAUUUAUGGCUGCCAGUGGUGUCUGUUUUGGAUUUUACAGAUUAAGUGAUGUACCAUUCAUGCAUUUAAAUUGUUAGACACCCUUAUCCUCGCCAGCUGUGAGCUUCAGUGUGUGAAUAACACACAGAGUAAUGAGGUAUAAGCAGAACAGACCGCAAAAUACCAUCAAAACGCUGCUUGUGCCGGACUUUCAAAUGGACAAGAGGCACUCUUUGUUUCACUGCUACUAGUAAAAUUUACCUUUAAAUUUAAUGUCAUUCAGGGAUUGACAUCACCUGACUCUCACCCACUCUGAGUAUGUUGAAAGAAAUAGUUGUUGGAGCUGUCUCAGGUUAAAUUAUUGUUCAUUAA